AUGCAGUUUGUUCGAAACUUGGUGCUCUUGGUGUCUGCUUUUAUAGCUUACAGAGCAUUUUUUAUGCCAAAAUUGCAUCUCUUGGAAAACCAACGAGACAGAAUCGAAAUCGCAUUUUUACAGUCUUGGCGAGACUACUUGGCUCACGGAUGGGACGCAGAUGUUUACCAGCCGCUCUCUAAAAAGAUAUCCUCCUUGCACAGAUUAUCAACCAAGCCUUUGGGCUGGAUCAUCGUCGAUUCCUUGGACACUAUGCUUAUGAUGCACAAUUCUAGUUUGCGCCAUCAAGAAGAAUUCAAAACAGAAAUAGCACGAGUCGAAAACUGGGUCGACACCAAACUCGACUACGACAUCGACGUGUCCGUUUCACUUUUCGAAACCACCAUUCGCAUGCUGGGCGGUCUGCUAUCGGCAUACCACCUAUCGAAAGAACUACACCUGGGAAACUCCACGGUUUACCUGGAAAAAGCUACAGAUCUGGCUGAUAGAUUGCUGCCGGCUUUCGAAAAUACCAACACCGGAAUUCCGUACUCCAGUGUUAAUUUGCACACGGGCAAGUCCAGAAAGAAUCACGUCGACAGAGGAGCGUCCUCGACCGCGGAGUUCACCACCCUACAACUCGAGUUCAAGUAUCUCAGCGCAAUCACAGGAAAUGCAACAUAUUGGAAAGCGGUGGAAAAAGUGUACAAGCCUUUGUACGAGACUAACGACCUCAUCGGGAAGUACAAAGGACUGGCACCUAUAUUUGUCGAUGCUGACACUGCCAAGUUUAGAGGUAACAACAUCAGACUCGGAUCCCGUGGCGACUCUUUUUACGAGUACCUCCUGAAGCAGUAUUUACAAACGGGUGAGCAAUUGUAUUACCAGCUGUAUCGCGAAUCCAUGGAGGGAGUGAAGCGGCAUUUGAUCUCUAGGUCCAGUCCUAAUGGUCUUUUUUACAUUGGAGAGCGAUUGCGUGGAAUAUACAGUAAUUUUUCUCCCAAGAUGGACCAUUUGGUGUGUUUUAUGGGAGGACUACUAGCAAUGGGCGCUACCGAAGGCUGGCACAUCGAUGAUGCGAGGAAACAAGACUUUUGGGACGCAAAACGCGAAGAAGACUGGACACUAGCCCAGGAACUGACCUAUACCUGCUACCAAAUGUACCAUCAAGUGCCUUCGGGCCUCUCUCCGGAAAUCGUGGUUUUCAACGACCCUUUAGUCAGAACGGCCUAUACCAAUUCCUGGUGGCAGUCGCAGGAAGGUGAUUUUUAUGUGAAGCCUGCAGAUGCUCACAAUCUACAAAGACCCGAGACUGUAGAAUCGUUGAUGUUUCUGUACCAUCUGACCAAGGACUCGAAGUAUCGCGACUGGGGGUGGGAGAUUUUCCGCGCGUUUGAGAAACACUCGGGCGUGAAAUGCAGACCUGCCGAUGAAAAAUGUCCUUAUACAUGUUUGAAGGACGUUUUGGCAGAUCCUCCGGUAAGGUCCGAUAGUCUUGAAAGUUUCUGGCUGGCUGAGACGCUGAAAUACCUGCAUCUGCUCUUCCAGGACGAUGUGGAUCUCAAAAACUUGGUUUUCAACACCGAGGGACAUCCAUUUCCGAUAAUUACACCAGAGCAAACCGAGAUAGGUGAUCUUUUGUAUACUGGAUGGAGCCUUUCCUGA